AUGCUCGUGGGAAAUAUUGCUUGGACGGAGGCAAUGGACUUGUUCAUUGAUUAUCUUGGAACCCAGCAGGCUCGUGAGAUUAGUCGCAGCGGCGGUCGUUCGAACGGUGCUCAUCGUCUCGCUUUCCACUCCUGGGCUGGCAUCUUCGAAUCCGUGGGAGGUGAGUACUGGUGGAGAGGACAUCUUCAGUGGCCGGAGAAAGGAUGGACAGCAUUCGGUCGCCAGGCGUUCCGAGAGCUUGAAAGUUACAAGCAGAUGAUACCGUAUUUCGUGCUUAAGAACAACAACAUACAUGUGAGGAAGGAGGAGGACGAGGAGAUGUCCACGGACCCCCUGCACCCAAAUAACAUUGAGACCUCCAGGAGAUGGGCAAAAAUAUGUGAAAGGCAGUCUACUUGCGAAUUCUAUCGAGGUUACGUUUCUAUGGAAUUAAGUGGGGGCUCUCAGGUGGUUGUGAAUUGGCUGACGGGCUUAUAUAAUACUAGCAAUUCUACUUAUAUGAAUGAAAUUGCGGAGGUAUCUAACUUGCUUUAUCUUCUCACAACGACAUCGGGGAUUAUCCCACCGAGCGCAGGCCAUGAUAUCUGGAAGUGGGUGUACAGAGAAGGCAAUGCGAUGGCAGAUCGGAUGACUUGGAACGCGAGGAGAGGACGACAGGAGCGAGUUUUCGAUUUGAGGUUUAUCAGAUAA